AUGUAUUAUCCAAUUUUUGCCAUUUUAGCACUUAUUUGCAAGGUGAUUCUCUGUGAAGAGUACCCAUUUGACGAGUGCAAUGCAUUGAAGCGGGAUACCUUGUCUGCAUCGACCCAAAUACCGGGCACGACAUUCCAACUGAUUGACGCUCCAACGGUCGAGUCAAUAAGCAACCGCAGUACUGAAGAUGCAGCGGCGAUGAAUUCGACAGCUAUAGGAACGACUGAUAUUUCAAAGCACUACGAUAUUGGUCCUAGCAGAAGGGAUACCCUUUGGGGCGGGCCGAUUUUGCAAUGGUCGUGCAACGCAAGACACUCUAUAGGAGGCGGGAUAGCCAGUUUCAAGUCAACUGUCCUCUCAUUUUACAACAGAAUCGGUCCUAACAGUCCCAGGUUUAUCUGCCUCCAGAGCCAAGGAAAUAACCUAUGCGUCUCGUGGGCUAUUUACAAUCCGAAUCAACUGCCAGAUGGAUUCUUUGCUCACAAGAUUAAAUUUGCGUCAGAGUGUCUUGCAGCAGGUCGUAGGGCCCAAGUAAAGGUUUCGACAAGCGAUUACUUGGAAUAUGCUUGCGUUAGCGACCGUUGUGCCAAGAAAUUAACGACUAUGACAAGGCCGCAUUUAACGAAAUGA